AAAAACAAAAAAAACUCGGGAGAUUCAAUCACUAAUGGCGAACGAAGACGACGACGGAGAGAAAUCACGAGGGACGCCACAAAAGAUUGCGAACAAACCCAAAACCCAAAUCGUAAUUGGUGUUCCAUCGUACCAGGAAGUCUUAGAAAGCUCACAGACUAAGUCCACGCCUCCGUCUCUCUUCAAACCUUCCCAGACUUUCUCUCAAGCUUUCGCUUUCGUCAAAUCCUCCGACGUCUACUCUCCUCCUCCUCCUCCUCCGCCUUCUUCUUCUACCGGCGCUUCUCAGGCUCCCAGUACAAGUUUCCAUUGUAGCCAAACGCCUCAAACAGAUGUGGCUUCAUCAUCUACUCCUGUAGCUACUGGCUCUCAACCAUCGAACACAACUCAACCACGUAACGCAAUUCUCGUUAGCAAUAGACAGAAAGGAAACCCGCUUCUUAAACAUAUAAGGAAUGUGAAAUGGGUUUUCUCAGAUAUCAUUCCUGACUACUUACUUGGUCAAACCACUUGCGCUCUGUAUCUUAGCUUGAGGUAUCAUCUACUGCACCCGGAUUAUCUCUAUUUCCGCAUUAGGGAACUACAGAAGAAUUUUAAGCUCCGUGUUGUUCUUUGCCAUGUCGACGUUGAAGAUUCGGUGAAACCGUUGCUUGAAGUCACCAAAACCGCUCUUCUCCAUGACUGCACUCUAUUGUGCGCCUGGAGGUAUCAAACAUUUCAGUCACUCUGCUUCUCGUUGUAUGCUAACACAACGUUAUGUGUAAAAUCUCUUUGCAGUUUGACGGAAUGUGCACGUUAUUUGGAGACGAUAAAAGUCUACGAAAACAAACCUGCAGAUCUCAUACAAGGACAGAUGGAUACAGAUUAUCUCUCACGUCUAAACCAUUCUCUUACAAGUAUCAGGCAUGUGAAUAAGAGUGAUGUAGUCACACUUGGUUCUACAUUUGGGUCUCUAGCUCAUAUAAUGGAUGCAUCCAUGGAAGAUCUAGCUCGUUGUCCUGGUAUUGGCGAACGCAAGGUAAAACGGUUGUACGAUACAUUCCACGAACCUUUCAAGCGUGCAGUUUCGAGCUACCCGUCUGUUACAGAACCAACAGUCCAGGAAACUGAAGUUCAGAAGGAUGUGAACUCAGUGGAACCUGUUGAAGCAGACGAGGAUUUUGUGGAGGACUCGAGGAAACGCAAGAAGAAGGAGCCUGAGAAAACUGUGAAGAAUGCUCUCUCUGCAGUUUUCACUAGAUACUCGGAUAGGCUCACCAAGAAGAAGGAUAAACAAAAGGAGAAAGAUACAGCAACAGAGUCAAAUGCUGAAACCCACCAAGAUUAUAACAUAAUUGGGUAAGGCUAUUGUAACUGUGACCAUAUUCCUAGAGAUGUAACAUAAUGUUAGUUUUGGUAUUUGUUCGUUGGGUCUUGGGUGUAGUUGUUUGUGGUCUCUAGCAUUUGAGUGUGUUAGUUGCUGAAGCCUAUGUAUUAAUUUCUUACUAUUGUUGCAAAUUUUGUUUAGCUUUUCUUGGUUUUGGGCCACUAGGAUUUAUAUGACACACAGAUUUGAUACGGA